UCCCAUACCAGCACAGGAACAGACAGGGAAAUCCAGUGGCUGCCAAGUGCAGAAGCAGACUUUGGAAACUCUGCGUGUGUCAGAGCAGAGGAGAGCAAAAGGAGGCGAGGGUGGAAUUGUAGCUCAACGCAAAGUGGUUUAUUGUCCCCUGAUUCCGAAGAUGAAGUUGAAAAAAAGAAGCUGUUGCAGCCAUGGAGUCUGAAGCUGUAGACAGCUGCAUUCAGAGAUCACUCUCUGCCCUCUAUCCCCCAUUUGAAGAAACAGCUGCCACCCUCCUUGCGCAGGUGUUUGAUGUACUGGAGAAGAUCUACCAACAUGAUGCUCUGCGCUAUAUCAUCGAUUUCUUCAUCCCUGCUAAGCACAUCCUGCAAACUAUCCAGCAACAGGCCUGUGAACCGUAUGGCGGCCGCCGCUUCGCCCACGCGGGUUGGCCCCUGUGCCAGCGUGGCCUGGUGGUGGUGCAGCUGGCUGCCCUGGACUGGCGCCAGCUUCGUCCCGGCGACUUCUACCUGCAGCUGGCUCCCCGCCAGGCCGGCCGCGGGGCCCGCCUGCUGCUGAGGUGGCCGGGCCCAGAAGGCCCAGGGUCGGAGCCGGUGCCCGAGGCUUCCUACCCGCACCUCUUCACCGCCGAGUGGCUGGACGGAGUCAACCGGCGCCACAGCGGCAGAGGAGGCGGCGGCGGCGGCCUCGGCCUCGAGUGGUGCCUGGCGGCCGAAGGGGGCCGGCUGAAGAGGCUGCCCUGGAGGCGGGUGGUUUACCCGCUGUUGGAGCCCGAGGACGGGCCCGAAGCCGAACCCGAAACCGGGCCUGGGCCUCGCCCGCCCGCCAUCGGGACCAGGAGACGGCCCUCGGGCGACGGAGCGGAUGCUGAGCCCCGGACCGGGGCCGAAGCCGGCCUGAAGAGAAGCCUGGGCAACGGGCAGGAUUGGAGCGGGGAUAACGACGUUCCAGACGGCGAGGCUUCCACUUACUGCUCGGUGACGGCCUGUGGCCUCGACGACAACGACGACGACGACCACCAACUUCAAGAUGGCGACGAGGGCGAGUACGUCGAGCUUCUGGAAGCUUCCGCGCACGCGCGGGGCUGCCCUCGCCCUCGCCCGCGCCCGCGCCCGCGCCGCGCCUGCGCGCCGGGGGUCCCGCGCCCGGCACGCGCCUGCGCGCUGCCCGCCUCGCGCACGGCCUCGCUGCCGGCCGCCACCGGGCGCCGUCGGCCUGCGGGCACGCAUGCGCGGGCGCGGCGAGGGGCCUGGCAGCACCGCCGUCGGCGUCGGAGGGGCGACAGCGGCGGUGGCGGCGGAUGUGGGACCAGACGGAGGAGCCGGACGUCGAACAACAGCCGCGCCGCCGCCGCCGCCGCCGAGCAGGCCACGCCGUUGCCCGGGGCGACGGGCCGAGCUGAGGUGGAGGGCGCAGGUGAGCCGCCCUGUCCGGAAGCCGCGACCCCAUUGGAUGGCGAGCUCGGUCACGUGGGACCGGGCAGCGGCUCUGCGCUGCCAUUGGCCGAGGAGGAGCGCGCCCUGGGCAGGACCGCAUGCCGAUUGGACGAAGAAGCGUGCCCGUCCGAAAUGAGACCGGGUCAUCCAUUGGCUAUAGAAGGCACGUCGGCCAUGUCCCCAGUGCCAUUGGCUGGUGACGGCUCGCCGCAAAAUGGGGGCCUGCUAUUGACACCGGAUCCCUGCCCAAAACCCGCGUCUCGCCGACCACUGCCUGAUCGGAGCUCGCCAAAACCUACAUCCCAGUGGCAUUCACGGAAAUUUGGCAGUGACCCGUCACUGGACCAAAGGAAAACUGGGAUCGAGCCGUCGCCGACGAAAAGGAUUUUGCCAAAUACGUUGCCUGGGAUGUCGCUGCCUCGGGAGAGUGAACGAAAAACCGGGACCAAACAUUCCAUGGCUGUGAUCAAGCUGCCAAAGACGAGGACCAAAACAUUUCUGGUUGAAGAAAUUGCAGCAACAACUGGGCCUGAACAUUCGUCUGGUCAACAAACUUUAUUGGAAACAGGGACUCAGCAGUUGUUGGCUGAACAGAGGCCGCCUGCAUCUGGCACCAGGCAGUCUUUAGAAGCACAGGUCAAGUCAAGGAUGACGACUGACCAAUCAUUGAGUCAGCAGCCUGCCAUGGGAAUUAGCACCGCACCCCCAUUGGAUGAAUAUAUAGGAUCUGAAUUGACCAAUCAGAGUACAACGACAUCUGGGAUUGGACCGUUAUUGGCUGGACAGGAUCAGGUAAUGAGUAGGACUCAUCAGCCAUUGGCUGACGAGGCCGCCCCAAGACCUGGGAGAGAACAGCCAUUGGCUGAACAAACAGCCUGGACUGGUGAUUCAUUGGCUGAGCCAGUAGGACCUGGACUAAGGCAGACCAAUGCUGAACGAGAUCCAGCCAGAACUUGUGCUGAUAGGUCACAUUCGGCCAAUGAACAAUCUGCCGUCAGGACACAGCCAUUGGUUGCAGCAACGGGAUCCAGGAUCUCAUUGGUGGAUUGCCCAGAGGGGGACCGGUUGAACUCAUUACCGCAAAGCUCAGGGCUUGAGGUUAACUACUCUGGACCCACGAUCACCCAGACGUCAGAAUGGUGCCUGUCGCAAGCCCACACGCUAGUCGACCAGACAGAGAGACCCACCUCUCCCCCAGAGGAGGCCCGAGGGGACUGUCGGUGGGAUGGGGCAAGGCCCCCAGGGGCAGGGGAGUUACCCACCCCCAAUGUGCGUGGUCUUUCGUCGGAGCGGGAGCACCAUGGAGGGGAGGAGGCGAGAUGGCCGGACGGUGUGACAACAGCUGCACCUCUACACAACCCGAGAGGUGAACAGAGGACAUCAGGGGAGGCCAGAGACCGAGAGGGAUCGUCAAGCCAAGUUCACCCUGCUGAAGUAUCCCAAAGGGAGCACAGCUCAGAUUCCACUGAAGAAGGUUCCCCCGAGGUUGACGUGCGCAGAGGCCAGGGAGGGGGAAGGGAUUCACCUUGCCAACCUUCCAAACAGCAGGAGGAGCUGACGCCUCCAGCCCAGCAACUGCCCGAGGCCCCUCCACCCAGUCCCAGCGAGGCCCGUCUGCCUGGACCCUCCAACCCUCCUCCGCUUGGUCCCACGGGAGCCCCUCCACCACAUCCACCCCACCCUCCCACACGCUGUCCGUCAACUGCCCCUCCGCCCUGUCUGAGCGAGACGCUUCUGCCUGAUCCCUCUGACCCCCCUCUGCCUGAUCCAACUGAUGUAUCUCCGCCCCAUCCACCCCACCCUCCCACGCUCCUGGUGCCCCCGCCCUGUCCAACAGAGACCCUCCUGCCCGGUCCGUCUGACCCCCUUCCCCCUGGUUCAACAGACGCCCCUCUGCCCAGUCCGUCCCAGUCCCCCCCGCCCGGUCCAACAGAAACCCCUCUGCCUGUGGUCCGUCUGCCCAUUCUGUCCGACACCCCUUCACCUGGUCCGUCUGACACCGCUUCGCCCGGUCUGGUCGAUGUCCCUCCUCCCCAUCCACCCACCACCCCCUCGCCCUGUCCGUCCGAUGUCCCCACUGAGGACCCCUCCCCAGGUCUGUCUCUGGUCCCCCUGCCACAACUUCCUGACGCUCCCAUAUGCCCACCAACCCAGGUCCCCUCACCUCCACACUCCGAGGCAAACUCACCAUCUACUCAGGCUCCCUCACCUCGACCCUCCGAGGCCCCAUUGCCUCAACCGUCUGACAUUCCCUCACCUCGACCCUCCGAGGCCCCGUCGCCUCAACUCUCUGACAUUCCCUCCCCUCGACUGCCCGACACUCCUUCACACCAAGUGGCCAACAUUCCCUCAUCCCAACUGCCUGAAGCCGCCUCACCCGAACCUCCCCACCGGCCAUCAGAUGCCUCGUCGAACCAUCCAACCAGCCCUGGGAGAGGGGAUAUCGAUGCUGCAACACAGGGCCAUCCCCGUCUCCUCGAUCCAGCGCUCCCCAGUCACGCCUGCACCACAACUCUGCUGGAGGUCGAUUUGGAUGUGCUGCAGUCGGAGGUCCUCUCCCUCCCAGGAGCAGGAAGUGGCCGAGCCCCAUCCUCAUGCCACAAGCCCACCUGCAGCAGCACACAGCUGGCCAGGAUCCUGAUGUACCUCCACGCCAUCUCCAGGAAGGAUCUGCAGGAGCGAGGCCUCCGAGUGUUGAUGGAGUCCCACCAUCACUGGCCAGCUGCGGUGAUUUGGAAAGCCUUCGACAUCUUCCAGGGAACCGUCCCCGGAGGAAUCCACUCCAUUCUGGUGCUGACGGGCAAGGAGUCUCCGAUUGUCAAGGAGGGGCCGCCGGGCUCUCAGGUGAAGGUGGUGUCAUCGGUCCUGGCUCUGCACUGGGUACGUGGACCCCGCGCAGCUGACCGAACCCUUCGGGGAAGCUUCCGGUACAACCCACCAGAAGUGGGGGGCGAUUUCGCCAGGUGGGCAUUUUGCCCGCUCCCUGGGUGGAGGGAGGUGGGGAGUGGGGAGUCUGGAGGCCUUGUCCGGAGCCUGCAGAACCUCCAUCCUGUUCCUGCGCAGCACCAGGCACCAGCUGGAGGCAAAGAGGCUUCCCCACACGCUGGAGGAGGUUGCCGUACUCAUCGAGGAGGAUCAGACGUCAAUGAGACAGGUCCUGCAGGACACUCGGUUAACGGGGGGCUGCAGCAGGAAGGGUCCGCCAUCCUGGGCAAGCUCAAGAGGGAGAUGGCUACCAACUCAGAGGACUACAGGGAUGCCAUGAAGACAACCUGUGCCCUCUACGACCAGGUGGACGAGGAGGUCCAUCGCUUGGUCCAGGUGUCCAACCAGCGCCUGAAGGAUCUGGAGAGCCUGGCGCAGUUCUGGUGGUUUGAAGACCAGUUUCGAGAGGUGAGCGACUGGCUGCAGGAUGUGGGGCACCCGUGGCUGGAGAGGAGCGAGGAGACGGAAGAUUCUCUCCCGGCGCUCCGGCAGAGGCAGCGGGAGUUCCGGGACUUCAGCCAAACCGUGCUGGAGCGCAGCCAGAGGGCCCAGCGCCUCCUUCAGGGAAUGUCCGGCUGGGACGUGGGAGUCUCUCCCCGUCUGCGGCCCUACGCUGACCAGCUGAGGGGGUACGGAGCGGGACUGGCCCGCUUCUGCCAGCGCCUCGACCAGCAGCGACUCCACGUCGACCACAGCAUCCGGCUGCACCAACAUCUCCAGACGGAUGACAGCUGUUCUCGGGGGAGCCUCCAGUCUCUGUCCCCGCACCCUCGCCUGUCCCCGGGAGACCGCAUAUCUCCAGACAACAGGCGCCCCUCCCCGCCCUGCCCGCAGGGACAGGCCCGCCCACGGCCCGCGGUCCCCGAGACGGGGGGUCCGGAGCCCUGGCCCCGAGCGCCCGGCCCUCCUCACCCGGGCCACCGCUGGGCACCCGAGGGUGCAGCCUCCUGCCUGGGUGGCAGCCGGACCCCCUGCCCCCAGCGCCGGAGCCCCCGCCCCACCCCACGGCCCCUCCUGGCUCAGCGCCUGGUCGCUCAGCGGCAGCCCCUCGCCCCCUCGCCCCUCCUCCGCCUCCACCCCGGACGUGCGGCCCCCUGCCCCCACCCCCACCCCCCCUUCCCGGCACCGGGGGGGCUGCCACCGCCGCCGCCGCUGAAGAAGGCGCAGAGCUUCGAACUGGGGCCCGGUGGGGCCACGGGGCCAGGGGUCCUGAUCCGGGGCCUGGAGGUGAGCAGCAGCCAGCUGGUGGAUCGGACAUGCUCCCCCCGCGAGCACGUGAUGCUGGGCCGCAGGGCAGAGCGACUGGCACAGGCACCCUGGGGAGAGUCGCCCGAGGUACAGCUCCCCACCAAGGGCAGCAGACCGCGCCGUGCGGUGGCCCAGGCACUGGCAGCAGAGCGGCAUUACGUGAGUUCGCUGGAGCUGGUGACGGGCAGCUACGUGCCGGACCUGGAUCGCCCCGACGUGCCAGCGGAGCUGCGGGGCAAGAAGGGCCCGCUCUUCGGCAACCUGGAGAAGCUGCUGGACUUCCACAGAGAGCGCCUCCUGCCAGCGCUGGAGGCGAGCGCAGCCUGCCCACUGCGCCUCGGCGAGCGCUUCCUCGCUCACAGAGAGCAGUUCGCCCUCUACGCCCUCUAUGUGAAGAACAAGCCGCAGUCUGACGCUCUGCUCGCCGCCCACGGCAACAUCUUCAAGAGGCGGCAGCUGUUACUGCGAGACCGCACCGACCUGGCCGCUCACCUGCUCAAGCCCGUCCAGCGCAUGAUCAGCUACGGCCUGCUGCUGCGGGAGCUGGCGGGAGAAUGCAGCGCCGACCAGGGGAGACAGAGGCUGCAGCUGCACGCUGCCGCCGACAUGGUCGACUUCCAGCUCCGUCACGGACACGACCUGCUCGCCAUGGACUCCAUCCGCGGCUGUGACGUGAAUCUGAAGGAGCAGGGGCAGCUGCUUCGGCGAGAUCACUUCACCCUGUGCUGUGGCCGCCGCCGGUCUCUACGUAACGUCUUCCUCUUCGAGGAGCUGGUCGUCUUAACCAAACUGAAGCGGGCAGAGGGCGGCUCCGAGUCCUACGUCUAUAAGUCCUCCCUGAAGACGGCAGACCUGGGCCUGACGGAGAACAUCGGGGACACGGGCCUGCGGUUCGAGCUGUGGUUCCGUCGGCGCAGGACCAACGAGGCCUACGUCCUCCAGGCCGAGUCAUCGGAUGUCAAGCAGGCCUGGGCCCAGGACAUCACCCAGAUCCUGUGGCGCCAGGCGUCGAGGAAUAAAGAACUCCGGCUGCAGGAGACGGUGUCCAUGGGAAUGGGGAGCAAGUUGUUCCUGGACCUCCAAGCUUCGAAUCACACCCUUGACCAGAGCGAGACUUGGAGAGGUAGGAGCCGUGUGACCAGGUCUAGGCUAACCUCCCCAAGGAAGGGGGGAAUGAAGGGGGUGCAGGGGUAGAAAGCUCUGGGCUCCAGUUACACGGGUUGUGGGAUGACCACACCUGCAAUAUUAUGCGUAGGAAGGAACUGCAGAUGCUGGGAUUUUUUUUAAAUUUCAAAAUAUGCUUUAUUCGAGAAAUAAAUAUAUCCAUACGUGAUCCUGACAAGACUGCAUGCAACAUUCUCGGAUGCGACACUUACAUUCCAUAUAUAACCAUAUAACAAUUACAGCACGGAAACAGGCCAUCUCGGCCCUUCUAGUCCGUGCCCAACACUUACUGUCACCUAGUCCCAUCUACCUGCGCUCAGACCAUAACCCUCCAUUCUUUUCCCGUCCAUAUACCUAUCCAAUUUAUUUUGAAAUGAUAAAAUCGAACCUGCCUCCACCACUUUCACUGGAAGCUCAUUCCACACAGCCACCACUCUCUGAGUAAAGAAGUUCCCCCCUCAUGUUACCCCUAAACUUCUGUCCUUUAAUCUUAAAAUGUCCUCUUGUUUGAAUCUUCCCUACUCUCAAUGGGAAAAGCUUAUCCACGUCAACUCUGUCUAUCCCUCUCAUCAUUUUAAAGACCUCUAUCAAGUCCCCCCUUAACCUUCUGCGCUCCAAAGAAUAAAGACCUAACUUGUUCAACCUUUCUCUGUAACUUAGGUGCUGAAACCCAGGCAACAUUCUAGUAAAUCUCCUCUGUACUCUCUCUAUUUUGUUGACAUCUUGUUUUUGUUUUGUUGACAUCUAUUUUGUUGACAUCAAAUUGUUCCUAUAAUUUGGCGACAUUCAAUACUGUUUAUACACAAAUUACACAAAUUUAUCCCCCACCCUUGCCACUCACGUGGCCCACUGGCAUGAAAUCUGUUCCUUUAUUUUGAGGGGUGUUUCCUCCACACCCUGCCCUCCCCAUGCCCAGCAGCGGAAGGACCCUAGAUGGGUCUGUAGAAGGGUUUGGGCCAGAAACGUUGCCUAUUUCCUUCGCUCCAAAGAUGCUGCCGCACCCGCUGAGUUCCUCCAGCGUUUUUGUCUACCGUAGACUGUGGCCCUCCCCCGCAGAGCCUUGGCGUUGGCUGCACCGAGCUUCAGUGCGUCCCUCAGCACGUACUCCUGCAGUCCGCAGCGGGCCAGUCGGCAACAUUCCCCGACGGACAUCUCCCGCUCCGCUGGGAGGUCAACAACGCUCGGGCAGACCAAAGAGCGUCUUUCACCGAGUUGAUGACCUUCGAUGUCAGUCUCUGAAUGCCCCUGGGAACAGUCCGUAAAUCGCAGAGUCCUCUGUGACGGAGGUGUUCGGAAUAAACCGUUUACACUGAAGCUGGGCACAAACUACCAGAGUAACUCAGCGGGUCAGGCAGCAUCUCUGGAUUCCAGGUCUAGACUCGCUCCCCAAGGAAAGGGAGACUGAGAAGGUGCUGUGGUAGAAUGGUCUGGGACACAGGUUCCCAGUGAGACCACACCUGGAGUAAUGUGUCUGGGUCCAGACAGGGAAUCAUAGCGGUAGAGUUACCUCCUCACAGCGCCACACACCCGGGUUCAAGCCUGACUACCGGUGCUGUCUGUACGGAGUUUGCAUGUUCUCCCCGUGGCCUGCGUGGGUUUCUCCAACAACUUCAGUCUCCUCCACGCUUCAAAGACGUACAGGUUUGUAGGUUAAUUGGUUUGGUUUCAGUGUGACUUGUCCCUGGUGUGUGUAGGGUAGAGUUAAUGUGCCAGGGAGUGAUGGUCGGCACCGACUCGAUGGGCCGAAGGGCCUGUUUCCACAGUGUAUGCCUAAACUAAAGUAAACUAAAUGUCCGGCCUCCCUAACAAAGGAAAGACAGGCCUGUGAAUGAGGGAAGUGUGUAAGAAAGAACUGCAGGUGCUGGUUAAAAUCGACGGUAACACAAAAUGCUGGUGCCUCAGCGGGACAGGCAGCAUCUCUGGAGAGAAGGAAUGGGUGACGUUUCGGGUCGAGACCCUUCGAGAAGGGCUGAACUGCCACUGAGGGAUCAGGGGGAGGUGGUUGACGUUUAUCUCUAGUUUCGUUUAGAUCAAGAGUCAAGAGCGUGUACUGUCAUAUUUCCCGGAAAGAACAAUGAAACAGCAGCACAACAGAAUA